AUGACUAAAUAUGUUUGCUCAAGGGAUUACUUGAGGAUCCUCAUGAAUCUUCUUCGGGAAUCUAGCAAGAGUAUACAGAUUGAAGCUUUUCGUGUUUUUAAGCUAUUCGCGGCUAAUCAGAACAAACCCCCUGAUAUCGUUUGGGACAAAAGCGAGAAAGAGCCAACGGAUGAAAGAGGGGGGCGAGGAUUACCCGUGAAACGUGACGAAAUUUUCGAACCGAAGAUCCCGAUAGCAAUAGCAGGCCGCGUCCAGCAUGCGGAGGCAAAGCCAGUAGGGAUGAAUGUGCACUCAAGAUUCGAGAAGAUUUCAACAUACCAGUACCAGAAGCGAAGAUACCAAUGGCGGAAAGAAGUACUGUUCACGAUGAUCAUGCAAAAUAUGCCUCCAUGCCUCCAGAUAAAAAGUUCUUGGCUAUGUCUAAAUUCUCGGCUAUGUCCAAAUGAAUCGGCUAUGAAGAAAUAUGCCGCCAUGAAAUAUGCCUCCAGAAGUUCUCCGGAUAUGAUAACGAAGAACUUUGGUGUCUUGAGUGCACGUUCAUCCAUACUGGCUUUGCCUCCGCAUUCUGUAUGCGUGUCUGCUAUUGCUAUUGGAAUCUUCGGUGCAAAAAUUUCGUCAGUAUCACAGCUGGUACAUAUACUCGAUUUUGUCCCCUGGCAUAUUCUCAACUGGCAUGAAUCUGAUGCCGAUGACCUUGGUGGUGAGGAUAAAUUGAAGGUUGUGGUUGAUAAGGAGAGCAAAUUGAAGUUAAUUAAGGGUGGUGUGGACAUGUCAUACUUAAAAGCCUUCUGGUGUUCCUUCGCGGAUUUUUCUUACUGGUUUAUUCAAUUCUAUAAGCAUGGCGAUAAAAUCUCUUCUUAUCGAGUUCUGUAUUUUCAAGGUGCUAAACAGAUUAAUGACUUGCUUAUGCCCAUACUGAGUGCUAUCCCUAAGGGUAAGGAUCUUGGCAUUGCAGAGUCAUAUGUUGUUCUUGACUCGGAUCCUCCUCCCAAUUUUUCUCGCAAAGAUAAAUUGCUUUGGAACCAAUCUUCCGGAGUCCAAUACACGGCCCACAGGAUUGUCGGCAUCGUCGUCUUUUGCCUUGGAACUCUACAGGUGACUGCACUGUUGUUAAGGCCGAAAAAGGAGCACAAGCACAGAAUCUACUGGAAUUUGUACCACCACACGAUCGGCUACUCGGUUAUAAUCCUCAGCAUUAUCAACAUUUUCAAAGGUUUGACAUUCUAA